AUGAACUACCCACCGUCCUCGCCGUCUGGUACGUCCUCCGCAUCAACCUCCUCGUCGUCCUCGUCGUCCUCCGACCUUGUGACCCCUUCCCCAUCGCCACUCCUCAACUCCCUCUCCGCACUCGAUUCGCUUUCGCUUUCACCCUUGGUGCAGCAACAAGAAAGACGUCCUAUUCAUGUAGUCUGUAACGCGCCCCUGGUCGCACCAGUCCCGCUGCCCUACCACUCCCCGACUUUCCUCCAAUUUGACUUGCCCGAUAUCGACGCUGACCUCUCACACCCCCCGUACACUAAAGCGUCUCCCACCACAUCACCAAAGUCCACCAAACGCAAGCGAUCUGCUCACGAGCCAGUUGAAAGCAAUGAUCCAUUAUCACCGGGCUUGAUAUCUUCGCUAAGCAAUCUGGAUUCGAUGCUGCUGCUGCCGCCUCCACAGUUCUCUCUCGGUGACUCGCUUUACUCCUACACUUCGAAUGCGGGUGGCGCCCCGGCAGCCAAGCGCCGUCGAUCAUUUCCUGCGCCUUUCUGGCGCCCACAGCUACAUAUCGGACCCACGACUGCGAGCAACAGCCAUAGUGCGAUGCAGCGCUCUACGCAGCAACAACAGCACAACAGGGCUCUUCGACACGCCAUUUCAUUUUCUCAUUCCCUAAGCAACAAACACCAUUCUCAGUCCAAUUGCCCAAAACGGCAACCAGAGAUUCCGGUGUCGUUACCCUGCCUGCUCCCAGCGACCGCAACUGCAUCUAUGUUACCCUUCCCUACACAUUCCUCGCAGAUGCAUGCGAGCACAGUACCUUCGUCGGGGUUCGGUUAUGUACAUCCAUACUCGCAUGUCCCACAAAUCUCCGGGAGAUCAUAG